AUGAGUGAUAGCACACAAUUAGCAGAUUCGUUAUUAUAUGACUCGACGACUAGUCCUGAUCCAGUUAUCAGUGUCAGCAAAGACAAACGCGUUGUUAGCGUCGUUGAUGACAACAAUGGUUCGUAUCAAUCAGGAACCGUUAUCAUCAAUGCAACUUCGCAACUAAAUGGCGCGACUGGUUAUGGAAGUCUUCGAGAUUCAUAUGUAGUAGUUUCUUAUGUAGUAACGGCUAAAAAUAUUUCUGCAAGUGCCCUGAAUGGAGUUUUAAAUCGUUUUGCGGUAAGAUUAAAAGCUGGUGUAUGGAACAUUGUAGAUAAAUUAGCGGUUGAAAUUAACGGUAAAAGUGUCAUCACGAGCAAUGACUAUAAAAAUUAUUGGAAUAACUUACGUGCUCAAACUGAAUGGUGUGAUGAUGAUUUAUUAAAGAACGGUGCAGAUUGCUAUCUUGCUCCAGAUGAUGUAUCAAGUCUUAAUUUCUCACAAAGUGGAAGUAAUCCUGCAACUUCAACACAAGGAGAUGGUUUUGUUAAUAAUUCAGUCAAUGCUGCCUCGACUGUAGCUACUGGUUUAAUUCCAGAGACAACGCCAGCUCUUAAUAGCGGAUUAAUUCAGCGUCUAAUGUGGAAUCCACAACAAAUUGGUACUUCUGAUGCCACUGGAGCAACGAUCACAGCAACAACCCCUCUUGGUUGGCCAACAACGCGAAGUGGCGCUAUUCUUGCUAAAAUCCAGCAGCAAGAUUCGCUUAGUUGA